UUAAUUUUUUUUAAAGGUGGAAAAUUUGAAAAAGUGCUUGAUCUUUUUGGCUUUUGUCAUUGUUCUCGCAAGCUGAUUGGGUUUAUUAUUUUUUAUUAUCACCUUUUUCAGCAACAUAUAUCUAAAUUCAUAAUUAAAGUUGAGCUUUAUGAGCUUCUAGGGGAGAAGCCUAAAUUUUUGGAGGGUAGGUGAGAAAAAGACAGAAUUGUUUAGCUUGUUCAACUAUAUAAAACGUUGAACAAGAAAUUUGCGGACACCCGACUAAAAACGCCCGAGGAGUUAGGAGGAAAAUGGGUUCUGAUGGAAAGCUUGCAAAAAGGGCUUUGCUUACUGAUACCCCUGUUAUGGUUCAGAUACAAGAGCUGAUCCGAGGUGUGAAAGAUAGCGUUUCUCUGGCUCAGGGGGUAGUGUACUGGCAACCACCCAAGCAGGCUCUAGAGAAGGUGCAAAAACUUGUAUGGGAGCCUGUGAUCAGUCGUUAUGGUGCUGAUGAAGGUGUUCCUGAGCUCAGAGAAGCAUUACUAAAAAAGUUACAGCAAGAAAAUAAUUUACACAGAUCCUCAGUGAUGGUGACUGCUGGUGCAAAUCAGGUAUGAAGUUGGGCUGUUGGUCAUCAAUAUAUAGGAGGGCUUUAGAUUUUUUAGAAAUCAGUUGGACUACUCGUCCUCGUCCAUGCAUGG